CACCAUUUUCAUAUCCUUGUCAUGGGCAGAGCAAAUGUGGGAAAAACAACUAUCUUACAGAGGAUCUGUAACACUAUGGAUCAACCAGAGGUUUUCAAUGGUGAAGGGAAAAAGGUAUGUAAGAGGCACAAUCUUUUCUUGAGCCUUGUUGUUGACUGUAUCCAGUGUGGAUACCACAGCAUUGAGGAUGAGCUGAUCUUUAAGUGUGGUCCAUGCUUUGUGUUCCAUGAUUCAUGUGGUUUUGAAGCUGGGAGUGAAGCACAAUUUGGUGUAGUGAAGGAAUUUGUGAUGGAUUGUGCCAAUACAGCCAAGCUAGACAAGAGAAUACAUGCUAUUUGGUAA